UGGUAGCGCGUUUGUGCCUGUGACAGCGAGCACACAAACUACUGGCGUGUAAGGCUGGGCCGGCUGGCUCAAACGCUCCCCAGAAUGUCCCCGACCAUGGCGAACCCGUUUCAUAUGGGCCUAGAGGACACUCCACCGUUUCGCCUGAAGGUGGCGGAGAUGGAGGGCAGCUGCAGGAAGCUCAAGGACAAGGUCUCCAAGCUGGUGGCGCACUACCGGCAGUACAGGGACGCUCUGGUGCAUCUGUGCAAGGCGCAGUCGCUGUUUGUGGGCGGGCUAGCGGAGUUCUUCAGUGGAGAGGAGAGCGAGCAGCUGUCAGGUGGUGUGCCCGUGCAUAAGUAUAUCAGCACGCUCGGCGAGUCGACCUCCUACUUCGACUUGCUUAAGAUCCAGAUUGAGUUCGCCGCGGACCAGAUCUCGGCCGAGUGGCUGGACGACCUACUGGUGGGCGCGAGGGACUCACACCGCGCCUUCGAGCGCAGCAGCUCCGACCUGGAGGACGCCACCUCGCGCGUGCUGGCGCUCAAAAAGGGCACGAAGCGGGAGGUGUUGGACAAGGCGUCCAGCGAGCUGGCCACGGCACGCCUGGUGGCGGAGGAGGCGCGCUUUGACGUGGCACGGCGGCUGGCUGCGGCGGACGCGCGGCGGCGCUACAGCUUCCUGCAGCUGCUGCUCGACAGCGUGGGUGCACACCACGCCGCGCUGCGCAGUGGCAGCGAGAUGCUGGGCCGCCUCACGCCGCUCGGGGAUACGGCACGAGCCGUGGUGGCAGAGGCGCGCACCGCGGAGGGAGAGUUACAGGCCAAGCUGGUGGAGGAGGCAGCCCGUUGCAAGGCGCUCAGUGCGGAGGCGGCGGCUGCGGCAGCAGCUGCGCCCAGCUCCCUGGACGAAUCGGGGCACGGACCCAUGCAGAUGACGGCUGCCAAGUCUGCGGCGGUGCUCGCGGCUGAGGCGGCACUGCGGAACACGCGCGCGGCGCAAACAGCCGGGGACGCCAACCCGUCUGUCACCGUUCUCAGACAGGGCUACCUGCUCAAGCGCAGCGGCGGUGCGGGCGCGGGCGGCGGCGCGGGCGGCAAGGUGGUGGCGGGCGAGUGGAAGCGGCGGUUUUUCGUGCUGGACUCGCGCGGCGUGCUGUACUACUACAGCCAAAAGGACUCGCUGCUCAACAAGCUGCGCGGCGUGGAGGCGCACACGCCCGCCACCACCGGCGUCAACCUGCUCACCUCCACCAUCAAGCUGGAUGACGAAGCGGAGCCGCAGCUGCGCUUCUGCUUCAGGGUGGUGAGCCCCACAGGCACACUGGCACUCCAAGCCGAGUCCGAGCCCGACCGCGCGGCCUGGGUCAGCCUGCUGCAGGUUGCCAUCAGCACGCUGCUCAACUCGGUGGCGUCAGACGGCGGCGCGCUGCCGCUGCCGGGCUCGCCAGCGAUGCGCCCUGUCCCCAGCUCCUCCUUCAGCGCCGCAGGCGCCAGUGCCGCGGCAGCGGCAACCGGCGGCGUGGCGGCUGGUCUUGUCAGCGCGGGCUCAAACCUGGUCAGCCCGAUGGGCAGCGUGACCGCCGACGUGCGAGGGUUGUCCAUUGGUGGCGGGGCAGCGCACCCGCACUCGGCGGUGGGGACGCCAUCGCGCCACACGGCGUCGGCGUCGGCGGACUCGUCAGUGGGCGGCGGCAACGCCGUCAGUCCCUUGGAACUGCUCAGGCGUGUGCCCGGCAACACGGCCUGCUGCGACUGCGGCGCUCCGGACCCCGACUGGGCGUCGCUCAACCUCGGGUGUCUGCUCUGCAUUGAGUGCUCAGGCGUGCACCGGCAACUAGGCGUGCACGUGUCAAAGGUUCGCUCACUGACUCUGGAUGUGCGCGUGUGGGAGCCGUCCAUUCUCGAGCUGUUCAAGCAGCUGGGCAACGCAGCCGUCAACACCGUGUGGGAGGCGCGCCUGCCCGCGCAGCAGCAGCAGAUGCAGCAGCAGCACCAGCAACAGCUGCAUAACCAGCAACAGGAGAGCCCGUCCACCAGCGGCCGCGGAGAUGACGGCUGGGUGUGGUGCGAGGACGAGGAGGAUGACGCAAACCCCUUCAACGCGGCGGCGCUGGCGCGGAAGGCCGCCCGCGGCAACAGCGGUGGCGGCGCGGGCAGCGAAGGCUGGAUGCUGGGCAAGCCACACCUCCGAGCGCCGCUAGCGGAGAAGCAAAGAUACAUCCAGGCCAAGUACGUUGGGCGGAUGUAUGUGGCGGCGGUGCCGCCGCAGGUGCAGACCGGCCCGGGCGGCCGCGCGCAUCAGUUGUCGCUGCUGCUGUGGCACGCGGUUGAGGCGGGCGACGUGCGGGCAGCGCUGCAGGCCAUCGCGUGGGGGGCAGACCCGGCGGCGCAGGUCCGCGCCCCUCGCGCGGCGCUGUUGAUCAACGAGAUGCGCGAGAUGGCGGCCAUGGCGCCGCCGCACGCGGGGUACGGUGCGAGCCAACACGGGCCCUCAGGCGGCGGCGGCAUGGCUCUGACUCUGACGUGCCUGCACCUGGCGGCUGUGGACGGCGCCCUGAGGCUGGUGGAGCUGCUGCUGCAGAGCGGCGCGCAGGCAGACGCGGUGGACGGCGCGGGGGGCGGCCACACGCCGCUGCACUACGCGCUCCUGUCCGACCGGUAUGACGCCGCGAAGCUGUUGCUGCGGCGCGGCGCCUCGCUGGGCGUGCGCGACAACGGCGGCCGCAACGCCUGGGACUUGGUGGUGGGUGUGAAGGGGCGGCUCGCGGAUGAGGAGUUGUUCCUGCUGCUCAGCAGCGCGGGCGCCAGCGCCAGCGGCACCGUCGGGGGCGGGUUGUAGGGCGCUGUAGGGAAGCGCCGGUGUGGCAUGACUGUUUGUGUUAAGCCGGGCUGUUGCGAAGACCAGAAGCUAGGACGGCCAGGCGCGAUGAGGUUGUGCGGCGGGGAGGUUGGGCUCGGCACAUCGCCGGUGCAAUGAACGCAAGGUUGGACAUCACCGGCGAUGGAAGGCAGGUCGGGUUUGUCGCGGGUUGGGAACGCUGGUUAGAGACUUGUGUGCGGAACUGCGCUCGCUGUGCUGCACGCACAGGCACAUUUUGGUGUCGGCAGGGUUGCACUAGUGCUAGCGCGUACUAGUGCCUGAUACAUCAUGGCCCGAACACACCAUGGGGGCGGCAUGUCGCACCCGUGGAGGGCACUGUAAGGAUGUUUGGCU